GGUGUGGAGGGGUCAGUGUUGCAUGGUCGCUCAGGCGGGUGUGUGUGUGUGCGUGUGUGUGUGUGAGUGUGCUGCUAGCUGGAUGUGGCCUGUCCGUGUCCAGGCAGAGGUGUAUCUUUAGUCGCGUCCGUGUCAACGCCGGCGUCCACGGACGGUGUCCUUCCUAACCCUCCUGUUCUCCCCACGUGGCUGGUCGCUCCACCAAUUCCCAGCUCUGUCCAGUGCUGCCGUCCCAACUACCACAAUGCCCAUGUUUACCAAGUUGGGCCACAAGACGUCCACGGCGGCCAAGUCCAGCGGCCAGAGUGCCGCCAAGGCCAACACUGUCACGGCCAAGACUAGUGUAGCCAGCGCCGCGGGCAAGCACCUGCUCGACAACACUCGCUGGCAGAAGCGGCUGCAGAAGGAACUGAUGUCGCUGCUGAAGGAACCUCCUCCGGGUGUCACCGUCGACGUGGACCAAGCCCACACCAAGCUGACGGAGUGGGUGGUCCACAUGGAGGGCGCGUCCGGUACUCUCUAUGAAGGGGAAAAAUUUCAGCUGCAGUUCAAAUUUUCUCCAAAAUAUCCCUUUGAUUCUCCAGAGGUGAUUUUUGUGGGAGACAACAUUCCCAUUCAUCCCCAUAUUUACUCCAAUGGUCACAUUUGCCUAAGCAUCCUGACAGAAGACUGGUCGCCUGCUCUCUCUGUGCAAGCCAUCUGUCUCUCUAUUAUCUCCAUGCUCUCCUCGUGUAAAGAAAAGAAGCGGCCACCUGACAAUAGCUACUACGUCAAAACUUGCAGUGCCAACCCAAAAAAAACGAAAUGGUGGUAUCAUGAUGACACGGUAUGAUAUGAUCUUGAGUACAGCCCCUGACCCUCGAAGAAGCUCACCUUGUUGUUGGAGGCGGUGCCCUUGGCUACUCGGUGAUGUGUAAUAUCAUAAACUAACGGUGCUGGCUGCUUAAGAAUGUUUUGAUAAAUACUUUGUUACAGAACCAUCGAUGGAAACUAUGACAAGCAGUAGAAAAUGGGAGCAUCCAAUAGCUCUGCAAGUCUCCCCCUACAGACAGUUCAACUACAGUACUGGCUUUAUGUAUAAAUGCUGUAGUAAAACAAGCAUAUAGAGAUUUUGUAACAAGAAAUUGGAGUAUGUAUUGCCCAACCAGUAUUCUUUAUCCUUGUAAGAGUACAGUAUGUCGGUUCACAUAAGUGAGCAAUUACAAAAGAAAUUGCCCCCUCAUUUUUUUUUUUUUUUUUUUUUUUUUUAAGGCAGCUGUGUUGCCUUCUCUUCCAAAGACACUAAAAUAAUUCAUGCAAUUUUAAUUUUGUGUGUGUGAUCCAGUGUUUGAGUGUUACAGUAUGUAGGUGAUGCUGUAUUAGAUUAUUUAUUGUGAAAAUACGAGUUUGUUGGUCACCCACCAGUAGUCAGUCUCUUCGCCUAAAUCCUUAAAUAGUCCUAGUCUAACUCUUAAAGAAAAAACUUUUAAAUUCAUGAAAAUGACUUCAAAAACUUUUCAUUGUAAGAAAGAGAAAUUCUAGAAAAAGUACAUAAUCAACAAAUGCCUAGCAGAGCCUUCAUGAUAUAGAACUUUGCAUAAUCAUGUUGGUUGCUAUGCUCUACUCCCCACCCACAAUUAUAAACUGCUAUGUUUUGUAGACUUUACCUACUCUACAUUGUUGUAUCUAUUUAGUUAAAAAAAAGGAUUCAGUACACAUAUUUUGUGAUCAGCUUUUACUCCAUAGCCUAUAUUUCAACUCUGAAGAAUAAGUUUUUUUUUAUCUUAUGUACGUUUCAGCCUGUAGUAUUAUCAUUGUUUUGUUAUUCGUAUUGCAGGACACGCAGGGUAGGUAAGGUAACACCAGUGAAUGAGCUUGGCAAGUUAAUUAAAAUGACACACGAGUAAAUGCCAGGAUUCACAAAACAUUGAAGUAUCCACUUAUGGAACUGCACCUCUUGCUUCAACCAUGGCCACUUCAUCUACUUUUAUUGAAUGAUUGAGCUCCAAAGGACUGAGGUCACCCUUAAUAAUCUUAGGUUAAAGCUACCCUUGUAUUCUAGAGCUCAAACUGUUUAGUAAAUGCAAAUUAAGCAGCCAUGAUUGGGGUAGAGGUACCCUGGAGAUGUCAACCAGGGUACUUCUUACACCAAAUUAAAUUAUAUGAAUACAAAUAUUUUAAAACACUAACUUUUGAAAUACAGUGUGUUUAUUUAAACAUUUUUUGUUCCAUGUCAUACAAGUGCAGUACUACAGGUGUCAAAAUUUCAUUACAGUACAGUACUUACUGUAACAAUAAAUGUCCAAAGACCAUCUUUUAUGAAACUAGAUUUUUAGACUUUUGGUUACCUUGUUAAAUAAAAACAUAUGAGAGUUAUUGUUGCAUCUGUUCCAGACUUAUCAUGUCAAAACAUUGUACAGCUCAUGUGAGCAUUCACCUUUCACUUAAAUAUUCAUAAGCUGUUUUAUGCUACAUUUAAGUGUACAAAUCAUUUCAUUACAUUGACAAAUUCAUCAGUGCAUAAAAUAGUAAUUUCAUUAUUUUUGCUAGUAUUGAUGUGUUAUAAACUCGGAAACAUUAUUACUUAUUGAAUACAAAUUAAGAAUUGGUGGAAUGUCAUUGUGAUGUAGUAUAAUCAUACCAUACUCUUGAGCACACAGUAGUGCAGUUCAACUCAUGUAAAUUAUGAUUUUCCACUAGUGUGUUUACAUUCUGAAAGUUGAUGUUUAACAAAAUGAAUGAUGUCAAGUUUCCAGCCAAUAAAGAAAAUAAAGGACUUUGGCUUAAGCCAAUUCACACAAGACUAUGAUGUGUCAACAGUCCAGGACUUUAUAACUUCAAACUUUAUGCAACACAAAUGUGGCAGUUUCCAAAAUUUUAGCUUUAACAUGCAGGGUAUCAAUGUUUGGAAAUGUAAACAUCUACAAAUAUAUGCAGUAUUUUUAUUAGUUUUCAUCUGGCUAUCAAAUGUAACUUCCAUUAUAAACAAAUACCCUCAUUGUCGAGUGUAUUUAGUAUUCGACAUUCUUGCCUUGGAAAAGCAAUUUCAUAAAUGCAGUAUAUCCUUAAAUAAAAAGAAAAAAACAAAGCUUCUUUAAAUAAAUUUAGUGGUGCAGUUGCAAAAAAAUCAAUUGAUGCCAACUACUGUAGUGAAUAAUGACAAUAGAUAUUUUAACAUGGUGGAUACCUGUAUAUUAUAAUCAAGUUAUGAAAUAUAAGCAUAAUAUUACACAAGAGCAAAUAUAAGUUGGCACAAUAAGCACUUUUAGUCAGGUAAAAUACUGUAGUGUGGUCAGUGGCUCCCAGCACAGACUGACUGGGACCACACUCAUUCCAUUUUUACAAAGAUUCCAGUCCACUGUAAUCUGCUAGAGCAAGGUGACAUUGUAUGUAUACACUCACUCAUUUACAAUGGCAGUGGUUACACCUCCAUAAAGAUACAAAAUUUCCUUGCUUAUUUUCCUUUUCAGUUAUAAAUUUAGUGAAGACUCAAGGUGAGGUCUACAUGAGGUUUUUAAUAAUUUGUAAAUAUACAGCAGUAGGAUAUAUCAUAAAUCAGGCAUGUCAAACCCGUGGGCUGCAUGCGGCCCUUUGCAAGCACACCUGCGGCCCGUACAAAGGAUACUGUAAUACUAUAUUACUAUGUAAUACAAAGGCUGCUAUAUUCUGCAAUAUUUUUGUAUUAAAUGCCUUCAAUUAGUUGUUGUGCGGAGCCCUCAUGACAAUACAAAUGUGAUCCAUAUGGCCCUCGGGGAAUCCUCAGUUUGACAUGCCUGAAUUUAAAUAUCAUUUUUUUCUCUUGUCAAAUCAUGACCAAACUAUCAGUUUGAUCUGUAUCAAACUUUUUUUUCUGAAAAACAAAAAGAAAUACAAACAAAAGGCUACUGCACAAAUCCAAUAAACUCAGUAUCACCCCAUUGCCAAAAUUAUAGAACCUAUGGUACAGUGGAUAAAAUUUGCAAAAUAUUUGACUGAUUGGCUCUACAUAAGUUUUGUACUAUUGCAAUUUUUAAGGGAAUAACAAAGUAAAGCAGUAACCAUAAAUUUGUCCUAGGCCUACCAUGCAAUAUUAGGCUUCAUGUAGUGCAUAUGUACUAUACAAAGCCUAGGAGAGUAAGAAGUUAUUAAAAGGAAGGCACCAAGCCCAGAAGACUAGCACUGUGGUGCAGAAGUCCUAAAUAUCACCCCAGGAUGUCAAUAAGUGCGCUAAAGGACACAAGACAAGCAAUGUUAAAAGUAUUAGUCAACAAGGAUGUUUGUGAGGGGGACACAACUUGCAGGGGCACUGGGACAGCAAGUUUUCCACUCCUUACAACCUGGACACACUACAUAGUAUGGAACAAUGUAGUUUGGACAAUAAGGGGCAAGUCAUUUGCAAAUAAAAAUACAUUUUGAUCUGCUCCCCAGGAGGUAUGUGAUAAGACCUUUAGUAAAGAAUGGGCCUUUGCGCACUCAAUCCAGAGGUAAAGGAUGGAAUAGCAAAGAUAGCAUGUAAGCUCAUCUUUGACACUCGCCUAUCUUUACACACAAGGGGACUCCUGUAAAGUGACAAAGAUGGAUGGGGAUGAUGUGCCAUCUAGAAAGUCAUAUCAAGUCAAGAAAGUUCAAGUCAAGUUCAAGUUCAAGAAAACCAGAGGCCAUGCCUGGUAUCCAAGGACGACAUGCUUUCAGUCACAAGUUGGUGCUGAAGGGAGAAAUGAUCACUGCAGAAAAUGGCAAGUCCACAGAAUACAGAGUGAGAGGGAGAAAGGAAGACUUGAGGGCACUGAGGAAGAGGGUAGUGCUGAACACAAUAUUAUGGGAAAUACUUUCAUGUUGGCAAUUAGAGGUCGAGAGGGAAGUCUCAAGGUAAACUCAAAAAAUACGAUCAGCAAGGAAGCUUUGUAGGAAGAGAGGCAAAUUGCUAUGGAGGCCAACAGAAGACAAUUAACCAACUGGGUCUGCAAGAAUGGAACAAUGAAUAUGAGUCACAAGCCAUGCCAUGAACAAACAUGUCAGUGAUCCUAUGAUCCUACUUCCAGAUUUUGAGAAGAGUAGUAUUUAUGGUAAUGGAGGAAGACGUAAGAGCUUCAAAUCUCACAAUAAGUCACAAAUGACUUGGCUGCCACACUGGUUUUCUGAAACAAAAAGGAUUCUGCCAUUUUCUGAUGUAAAUGCAUAACUUGGAAGAAAUACAUGCAACAAAUAGCACAAGCUCAAUCAGAAGUCCACCAAGGAACACAUUUCCAUGGGCUGCAGGAAACAGAGCAUGGGAUAUAAUGAAGGGCAGCAUCAGCAAGUCAAUACCAAGAAGAAAGGAGUGCAAGAUAAAGACAUGCAAGGGUGGAAAAAACAGUUCAUCAGCUCUGUCAAAGCGUUCACCAGGGUGAAGAGAGGGGGAGUGUAAGAAACAACAGAGGGGGAAAUGGUCAUUAUAAUAAGAUGCCAUCUAGGACCUGCCUAGAUGACAGAUUUUACCUGUAAGGAAAGUUCAAAAUAGAAGGGGGGAGCAAAGAGAAAGACCCAUGAAAAGCUAGGUUUGGUUGUCUUCUCAGGUUCUCUACAAAAUUAAUAGUACAAGACUGACUUCUUUUGGGUGAAACAAUCCAUAGUUUGUACUUCCAUCAGUAGUAACUAAAACUACCAUUUUUGGAUGACAGGUUACAAAAUUUGUUCUUAAAAGCUACAAUUGGCAGUGGGCUUCAUAUUCUUAACAAAUUAUAACAUUUAUGAAGUAUUAACAUUAAACAAUGUGGAAAAAUUAUCCCACUGGUGGCAUUUAAGAAUUUAGGUUGCAUAAAUGACUGCUAAAAUUGUACAAUAUUGACAUGCUACUCCCUUUAGGAAAGUAAUACAUUAUUUGGAAGAUGUGACAUUAACAAUUAUGCUCUCAAACACAUAAGCAGCAUAUCAUUAGAUAGCCAUUUAUUUCAUACUAGUUAGCAAUCAACUAGGUUAAAAGAAUAUAUUAGCUUGCAUGCUCACUCGAGUCAGUAUUGUACCUAUCUUGUAACUUCUGAUCUGCUCCACUGUUUGCAUUAUACAUUUUAAGCAAGAGCAUUUAGUAUGACAAAUUGUGAACCAGUUAUGCUUCACAGUUUGAAAUGUAUUGUGAUAUUCAUUAAUGAUCAUACAAUGUUUCAUUGUAAUUUAGUUUGGUUGUAGAAUAAAAAAAAAUCAAAGAUGUCAUUUCAAACUUGCAUAAGUAUCUAGUGCAUUAUAUGAAAUAUUCUAUUGGAAAUUAACUUUUCAAAAAGAUACAGUACAGAAUAUAAAAUUACAAAAUGGCUGCUAGUUUGCAUAUGCAAGCUUAAUACAUGUACUGUAAUAAGUACCAUAUAUAAUGUGUGCUGCAUGUGUAGACCACUCACAUAUAAAGCAGAAUAUUUUUAAGUUUCAUAUUUGAAAGGAAGAGCCUUUCAUUCUUCACUAGAUCCUGGACAAUACUGAAUAACUGCUUGGAUUACAUUCAUGUCAUUCCAAUGUAUAAUAGAUAGGAUGACAAUGGUUUUCUGUGUUCCAUUAUUAGUCCGUUGAUUUAAUUAUAUAUAUGAACGACUUAAGCAAACGAUGAGUCACAAUAACGUGGCUGAGGAUAUGACCAAGCCACACACCAGAAGACAGAGAAACAACAAGAUUUUGGUUCGUCCUGGACCAUUAUCAAGUCUUGUGUGGACGACUUGAUAACGGUCCAGGACGGACCAAAAUGUUGUCGUUUCUCCAUCUUCUGAUGUGUGGUCUGGUCAUCAUGAGUGAAUUACCACUUGUAUAACGAGGCAUUUACUUAUUUUUAUUCUAUACAUUUCCAAGUUCAUAUUGGGGACCUGAUUGCUUUCACUUAAAUAUUUUCCUCCUCAUCAUUGUAAAACAUUAAAUACAUAGGAAUGCAUAUUCUAAGGUUGAAUUACAUGAUUUUGUACCCAGAGGAGCACAGUUAGGCCACUGCACUUACUAUGAAUCAUAAUGGAAAACAAUCAAACUUUGCUGUACCCCUGAUGCAUAACUUUAUACUGUGCAAGCAUGUUAUCAACGUUAUGUGUUGCAUACACAGCUACAAGAACAAAUUACAUAUGACGAUAAAAGUAAUAAUGCUUCAAGUCAUCUCUGACCUCACUUACAUUAAUGAGUCGGUACUGUAUAUGUUUAUGUUACUUUUAUACAAAGUAAAUACUGAAGUGUAAGAAGUCAUUAUUAUAAUAACUGCCAUGUUUAAUUACAUUACAACAACCACAUUAAGAGUCAAGGAUGCGAUGGUGACCAUAUUCAGUUUUAUGAAUGGUACAUUGCCAAUUUUAAAUCAUGAAUGUUACAUGUACAUGUCAAAAUUCAUGAGUAUUUCAACAGCCAAGUCAUGAUUAUAAAUGUGUUAUAAAUAACCAUAUCAAUGUUCACAUAGUUAAAAAUGAUCAUGAUAUAAUUAAUGAAGAUCACGAUGACCACAUUAAGAUUCAUGAAUGCUAAUAUUUACAAUACUGUACUUAACAUUUGUGAAAAUAAUCAUUCCCUUGUCCAUUAUGAGUUAAGCCUGUAGCUAACGUAAGCAUUGAUUGCACUUUGCAGAACAGGAAUAUUGUGCUCAUAAUAUAUCCUUUUAUACUACCAUCAUAUUUUCCUCACAUGCUUAUGAUUUAACAGUGAUAUAUGCAUUUGUUUCCCACAUCAUCCCUAAGCAAUGCACUUAAGUUUUCACAUAAGCUCAUAAACAGGUCUUGUACCAGUUUAGUUAGUCCUUAACUUUCAAUCUUAAACCCAAGCAUCUGUCAGAAUUUGGAAGACAGUCUUUUGCUUCUUUUUUAACACCAGUAUGUGUUAUUUAUAUACUGUAUAAGGUGUACAUCAAUGUUUAUACACAAGGCAUACCGGUAUGUGUUCUGUACAUACACAAGGCAUACUGGUACGUGUUCUGUACAUACACAAGGCAUACUGGUACGUGUUCUGUACAUACACAAGGCAUACUGGUACGUGUUCUGUACAUACACAAGGCAUACUGGUACGUGUUCUGUACAUACCUAACAUUACAAAACAUAACUACAGAAAGUCUGAAAAUUAAAAACAUAAAAAAUUCCUUACAAAAUUAAUUUAUAAAUGUCAUCAUAAGAAUCAAGAAUGCGCAUAAUCUCAUUCCACUAUCUUGUAAACACAAAUAAUAAGACUUGAGCUUGUCCUAGGCUAUAGCCUAACAUGUUUUAAUGGCAUUACUGAGGUUAUGGAGUAGCCUGUUUGCCAUCUUUUUAUAUAUUGCCUCCUGUGUUGUGAUUAUACUUGGUAUCCAAAGUAGUGUGAUAUUUUCUACAAUCAUUAGUUUUAAAGAGUAUUCUCAUUACUAUAGAGUAAUUGUUAGAUGUAUAUGAAUAUUGCAUAGGUUUGAGGCAAGGGUAGGAUUCUGUCUCUUAUUAUGCCCAAGUGAUUUAGAAAUUAAAAUAUUCAGCAAGAUAAAACAUUUGAUUGGAGCUGCUGGCAGGUCAUUAUAUUGCUCUCAUGCUUUACUUUUUCCACUAGCUUAAAAUGAGGGAAUAUUUAUUCUUCAAUAACCAACUCCAGUUUCUUCUUUGAUCAGACACUAUGACUCAAGAGUUGUUCUAGAUAAAACUGUCAUAAAUUAUUUAUAUAUUUCAGAAUUUUACAUAACUAUUGAGGAAAAUCAGUGCAAUUUAUUUUAUUAUUAGAAAACUAGAAUUUCAUUUUUAAAAUGCAAUUUUCUCACAUUUGUUAAAAAGGAAUUUAAUGCAAACACUUUUACAGGAUUUUUUCAUAGGCUUUGUACCUCUUUAAUUUAUAUAUUUUUUGUCCAAAACAAUCAUUGGUACCUGAAUCAAGGCUUAUUUUCUCUUGUCAGAUCAUGAUUUAUUGCACAGUAAUUCCAACUGAACAAGUUCCUUUAUUCUGUAGUAUUAUAUUUAAUUAAAAAAUUCAUUAAAACAUACCACUGCC